CUGAAAGAGCACUACGAACGUGGCUCCCUGGUUUGUGCGAUUUGUGCAUCCCCCCUGGCAUUGCAGGCACAUCGGAUCGGGAUAAACAAAAAGCUGACCUCAUACCCCUGCCUCAAAAACAACCUCAAGGAGUUUUAUGACUAUCAAGACACGAAAGUAGUGGCCGACGGUAACCUGGUGACCAGUCAGGGGCCUGGAACGACCAACGUCUUUGCUCUCAAGAUUGCUGAACUUCUGGUUGGGAAGAAUGUGGCAAAGGAAGUUGCCGAGAACAUGUUGAUUUUCAAUUAA